GAGAACAAAAAAACAAAAAAAUAUGUCUGACCAACCCAAGCCGACGAUGAGAACCUAACCAGUGAGUGCGUGCGUGUGUGUGUGUGUGUGUGUGUGUGUGUGUGUACGGAUGGUGGGGAUGAAACAGCUGACGGCCGCCAUGAAGGACCCCACGUAUAUCAACCCCCCCGCACGGACAAGCCCCCUACCAGAUUCCGUCAAAGUGGACUGGAACCCACGAAGUCUAUCCAGCUUCUCAACAUUCGGAGGGGCGCAGGGCUCCCCCCCUCUCACGGGCAUGAACGGGCACGUGAACGGCGCCCUUCACGUCAAUGGCACUAAUGGGCUGGGCGGGGGUGGCGGGGGGGGCGGGGGAGGCGUGUCCGUCAAGGUGAGUGGCGCAAAGACUAACGGGUCGACAGCGAUAGUGACGGUCAACGGUUCGACCCCGCCUGACAUUCUCGAUAGCCCUGAUGUCAUAGCCCACUGCCGGAAGCCCGUAGCCCCGUCCCCAGGCCAAUCCCCAGACCAAAACCACGUGAACAAGCCCAAUGUACCCCAAAACAAGCCCAAUGUCCCGCAGAACAAGCCCACUGUAGCCCAACGGGAGGGGAAAGUCGCCCAAAUGGUACAGCGGGAAGUGAAAACCGCGCAAAUCUCCCAAAAUAAGACCACCCUAGCCCAACACAAGGCGGGGAAGGGACCACAUAAGACCAACAUCACCACGGGGAGUCCUGAGCCGGGGAGACAGACCCCUAAGCCCCUGGGGAUGCCCGUGGCGCCCCCGAGUGUGGAGGGGAUCAUCAGGCCCCGUCACUACCACAGCAAGUCCUUGGUAGGGGAUGAGGCCCCUGCCGAGGCUCCCAUGGCACCUAAACAUGGGCACUCGAGGUCCCUGGUGGAUGCCGGGGAUUUGGUGCCUCCGAAGUCUCCUGAUGGGGCGCCCCUGAAUGAGGUGCACUUGUUUCUGGGCCCCGCUGACCGCCGCUUCGGGUUCUCCGUGGUGGGGGGCAUGGACGAAGGCUUCCCCCCGAGGAUAGACGAGAUAGCGAAAGGCUCCCCGGCGGAUAAGGCGGACCUGGAGGUGGGUGACGAGAUCCUGGAGGUCAACGGCAAAAGUCUGGAGGACGCCACGCACACGGAGGUCAUCUCACACAUACACCAGUGCAUAAGAUCAAGAACAAUAUGCCUUCGGGUCAAGAGAAGAACGGGCAACAAGCUAGCCGUCGAUCUCGCGGCGAGCUCCAACGUGCAAGAUGCCUUCGUCAUUGCCGUGGAGCAGCAGGCCAGGGAGCGCCUCGAGCGGCUCUCAGCCCUCAAGAAGAUCAAGCCGGUGGACAUGACCAAGCUCUCCUCGCAGGUAAACUUGGCACAGUUGGAGCCUCACAAGAGUGUAGUGAGUGUGGGCGGCAGCGGGGGUCAGGCCGGCCAGGGUGGCCGCUCCCCCGCCCUCAGCGCCUCCGCCGAGCAGCGGGACGACGUCAACGGCGUGCUCGAGAGCUCGCCCAUCUACGUGACCAGCGUGCCCAACCUGACAUCGGAGCAGCAGCGGCCACUCUCGCGCUCGCGCUCCUCCACGCCCAACCGCGCGUCCCCCAGCCCGCGGCGCACCCACUCCGCGCGCGGCCCCCGGGACACCCCUCCCUCCCCCCUCACCCCCAGCCCCCGCAGGGAGGCGCCCACGCUCAAGGCGGCUGAGAGCCCCAGCGGCGAGCGGUCCUCCCGCCGCUCCAGCCGGCGGCGCGGCUCGGCGCGGCUGGCCAACGGCCACCACGGCGCCGAGGCCGAGGCGGAGGCUAACAAGAGCGGCGACGAGCUCGAGCUGACGCAUGACCUCAACGACACGCUCGACGACACGGAGGAGCUCGACCCCGACGAGCCGCUCGACGCCCAGGGAGACCGCACCGAGAGCGACGACAAGGUAGACAGCGAGGGCGCCUGCCUCAGCGAGUCCGGCGAUUCCCUGCCCGGCACGCCCGAGAAGGCCUACGGCAUCACCGCCUCAGACUCCCGACGCUCAUCCUCGCGCGGCAGCCGGCGCGGCCACGCCUCCCCCCGCGAGGCGCAGCUCGACAAGGAGCCCCUGCCGCCGCCGCCGCCGCCACUGGACGCGCGGCCCAAGACGCCCGUGCACGCCGUCAGCAGCGUAGAGAGCCGCGAGAGUACCAGUUCGCGCAAGUCGGGCGGAAGCAGCGGCAGCGGGGAGGUCGGGAGGGGCACGCCGCGCCACAAGGGGGCCGGCGGCAGCACCCCGAGGCACUCCCGCAAGGGCCGCGAGCACCGGGAGCAGCAGCAGCAGCAGCAGCCCACCGUCAUCUCGGCCCCGGAGAUCGGCUACGACAACAUGAUCAGUAUGGUGGAGUUCGACCCCGGCCACCGCGAGAUGGCCGUCGACGUUCCAGACUCCUUCGUGGGCCGCACCAAAACGCCGCCCAGGUACCCUCCACCGAAGCCCCAGGGACAGACCAUCACCCCCAUCCACAACAACAACAACAACAGCAGCAAGGGGAGCAGGAAGGGGGGGUCAUCAGGAACAGCCACCCCCCAGAAUGGCACCCUCCCCAAGCCCACCCCGCCCCCCCGCAUUCCCGACCAGCCCCAGCUCCCCCCUCAGCUCCCCCCCGGCCAGCAGGAGACGCUCAUUCAGCAACCCUCGACGGAAGCUGAGAUGAACAGGAUAAGAAAGUAUGAGGAGGAACUCAAGCUUCGACGGGAACGCGAGGAGCAGGAGGCGAUGCUGCGGACGUCCCUGCGCUCCUCCCAGAAACUCCAGCAGCUGGCCAACAAACCCGUGGCCUCAGGAGUGGUCAACGAGGCCUUCGCGGUGGAGGAGGCGCAGCAGGCGACGGCUUCAGCGGUGGCGGAGGCGGCGACGGCGGAGGAGAUGCCGAGCGGAGCGGAAUCGAAACAAAGCCCCGAGACGCCCAGCAAAGUGAUCGGGAUCAACGAGCUCAUUCAGUCGCUGCAGAGAAUCCAGACGGUCCUCAAGUCGAACGGUCAUCGGAUCAGUGAGGACAUGACCUUGGUUGCCCAGCUCCUGACCAACCCAGAGUUUCAGAAGGUGCUUGCGGUCCACAACAAGGUGCAAGAAACCUGGUGUUUGAACAGACCUCCCACGCCUGUGACGGACAACGCUCAAGAGUUAGUGGCGGAGUGUCUUCAGGAGCUACAGGAGUUUUCCGUACCUGAGGCGGCGGAGCUAAUCGACAUCCUCAACAAAUACUCAAUGGAGGGGCUGCUCCACGUGCACGACAGCAUUGCCGAGCGCGAGCCCCUGCCGGUGGGGAACCUGCCGGAGGAGGAGGUGCUGGACAGGGUCACCAACUACCCCGAGGAGAGUGUCAAGAUCGUGCGGAUUGACAAGACCAAUGAGCCCCUGGGUGCUACAAUCAGGAACGAAGGCGACUCGGUGAUCAUCGGGCGCAUAGUGAAGGGCGGCGCCGCGGAGAAGUCUCGGUUGCUGCACGAGGGAGAUGAGAUCCUGGAGGUCAACGGCAUGGAAGUGAGGGGCAAGUCCGUCAACGAUAUUUGCGACAUGCUUGCAGGCAUGACGGGCACGCUCACCUUCAUCAUCAUUCCCAGCGGCCAGCAGACCACCACACCCGCGCGGCCGCCUCUCUCGCAGACAAUACACGUCAAGGCACACUUUGACUAUGACCCCGAGGAGGAUAUGUACAUACCCUGCAGGGAACUUGGCAUGAGCUUCCAGAAGGGCGAUAUCCUCCACGUCAUAUCCCAGACAGACCCCAACUGGUGGCAGGCGUACAGGGACGGCGAGGAGGACCAGACCCUUGCCGGCCUCAUCCCCUCCAAGUCCUUCCAGCAGCACCGUGAAGCGAUGAGACAAACAGUCGUGGGUGACAACAACAACAAGGAGAAGACCAAAAAGGGCAAGUUGUUAUGUGCCAAGAAACAUCAGAAGAAGAAGAAAAAGAAAAUGCUUUACCCGAACUACAAUGAAGCACGGAGCAACUCACCCCUGCCUAUCACUGGUCUUGGCAACCCCUGUGCUGACAUGUCCGAGGCGAGCAGGGCCGGAGGGUCGCCCGUGAGGAAUAGAGUGUUAACCGUGCGCUUUGCUCUCCCGACCUGCCGCUGUAUGAAAGGCAGUUCGAGGAGGCGGCGCUGCAGUUCCAUGUCUGACCUGGAUGUUGAUUUUGACUCCGAGGAAAUCCUGACCUACGAGGACGUGGCGCUGUAUUACCCACGCGCCAACCGCAAGCGUCCCAUCGUGCUCAUCGGCCCACCUAACAUCGGGCGACACGAGCUCCGGCAGAAGCUGAUGGAGGACAGGGAGAGGUUCGCUGCGGCCAUUCCACACACAUCCCGAACUCGGCGAGAGACAGAGUGUGACGGCCAGGACUACCACUUCAUCUCCCGGACGCAGUUUGAGUCGGACAUUCUGGCGCGCAAGUUUGUGGAGCACGGAGAGUACGAGAAGGCUUACUACGGCACCAGCAUAGCGGCCAUCAGAGCGGUCGUGAACUCCGGCAAGAUAUGCGUCCUGAACCUCCACCCCCUGUCCCUCAAGAUCCUCAAGGGGUCGGACCUGAAGCCCUUCGUGGUGUUCGUGGCUCCGCCCUCGCUGGAGAAGCUGAGGCAGAAGAAGCAGCGGUUAGGGGAGCCCGUCAAGGACGAGGAGUUGAAGGAGACGAUUGAGAAGGCCCGAGAGAUGGAGGAACAGUACGGCCACUAUUUCGACCUCAUCAUCAUCAACCAGGACGUGGACCGUGCCUACCACCAGCUGCUGCACGAGAUCAACAUGCUGGAGCGCGAGCCUCAGUGGGUCCCCGCCGCCUGGCUUGCACACGACCAGCAGUGAUGAGUAUGGUUUGCGGGUACUGUAGUGCGUCUAUGGUGCCAAAUGUUACCCUGUGCUUCCCUACGGCCAAAGGCAGGACAAAACCCUUCUGAGUAACGGCCGAUCAUUCCUACGCUGGCGGUCAAAUGCGAAGGGCCGCCGGCAACUUGGUCUGUACAAUCAUCGCUGUGGCAGAGUGCGUGUGUGCGUCUGUGUUGGCGUAGACCCUGGACUGCCCUCUAGUGGCUGACACAUGGCUGGAAGGAAAAGUCAUGUGUGCAGUGAUGAACAGACCAAUAAAAGGGAGUUUUCUGCGUCUGGCAAGUUUCUUUGAGUUGAGACCUGUGCGCAGCUACUUAAAGGAUGUGUUUCCCGGCACAGUGACUGCAUAACCUCCAAGGCCCGUGUAUGGCAAGUGAGGUGGUGGAUGUGUCCCCUCCCCCCCUUCCCCCCCUGAAAGGUUGUGUUACGCUGCUCACUCCUAACCGUGUACAUUACUAUCAGUUAUAUACUAUGGGAUAUAUAACUACUACUACCACUACCGUUAAGGAGUAACUGUGUGGAAAAGGAUGUAAUGAAGGAGUGAACAGACUCUCGGAGGUGCGGCGAUGACGACUUUUUGACGUCUAACCUUCCCUGACCUGCCCUGCCUGCCUGCCCACCCCACCCGACCCAUUCUGUGUGGACCUCCUAAUUUAGGUAAUGACAUCCAAACCAAAGCUUCAUUUACAAAAGGUGGGAAGUUUAAGGCUCGCUGGAGGGACGGGAUCAUGGACGGCGCGUUUGUCCGACAAUAAGGAAGUUUUGGCAGCAAGAUGGAACUGUUUACAAGUAUUAAGCGGUCCACCUUUUGUUGAGGCGGCUCCUGUGUGUGAUACUAGACCAACUCUAGAAACACGUUCUCUCACCCUGUAAAGAAGACUGUCUUCAACAACCUUUUAUCUACUUGUGUAAUUUUUGUUAAUUAUCAUUUCCAUUAUUAUUAUUAUUACUGUCCUGGGUUGUACAUAAAUGCUUCUCAUUGUGUUUGAACAAAUAUAUAUUCCUUUAUAUCUAUACAUACUGUACCAAGGUUUUUAAUCCCUCAUUACUGACCCGCCCCCAAAGUUUCAAUCCGAGAAUAUAUUGAAGCUCAUGUUUCUUCUAUUUAAUGAAUUCAAUAUCUUAAUGUUCCAUUGAGAAAACCCUUAAUGAAUGUAUUUAACAAAGAUAAUGAUUAUAAGCUGGUUGGAACCAUUGCUCAGUUGAUCUUCUUUCUUUUAAUCAUCAUGGUGUGCAAUAGGAAAAUUCUGGAUACUAAUGAGGUUACGAAAUACUUAUUCCUAAACCGCAUUAUUUCCGAUGAUCCUCAGUAAGUGUCUUUAAUGUAUAUAGAGGUGCCAUAUUACAUCAGAGUUGUCCCAUAUUAUUAUAUACAUAAUGUGAAUCCAUAUAUUUGCAGUGUUAAGCAGCAAUAAAACUUACAAAACCAUUCUCUGUAAAUUCUUCAUUCUUAUACUUUCAUAACAAGUCUCUCCACCUGCCACUCUCUCGCCCAACGAUGUGCCCCGUGUCGGGCUCGUACCGCCACACCGUAAGCACAAGUUUAUGGACGGUCGGCUGUUUGAUGAUGAUUUACAAAGACAUUAUAACGACACUAAAACGUUUUAACCAAAUAUUUCAGUGUUCCCCGACCCUGACCCCUCGCUCCUUUACCUCCCUCCCUCCCCUUUGUGUAACUCCUGUAUAUACUGUUGCAAUCAUCCUAUGUUUAAUUUGUUGUAUGUAGAAACUAUAUGCCUCAUUAAACAAUUAUGAUUCCUAAAAAUAAAUGUGUACACCAGC